CGGUUGGCGUAGCGGGAGCUCUCUGGCUGUGUGUGUCUGAGGCUCGGUCGCAGGAGCAGCGGACGGUUUGCGGAGUCCGUUAGUACCCCUGGGUGAGAUACUCGCCGCCGACAUGUCCCGCUACCUGCGUCCACCCAACACGUCUCUGUUCGUGAGGAACGUGGCUGACGACACCAGGUCUGAAGAUUUACGUCGAGAAUUUGGUCGCUAUGGUCCUAUAGUUGAUGUGUAUGUUCCACUUGAUUUCUACACUCGACGUCCAAGAGGAUUUGCUUAUGUUCAAUUUGAGGAUGUUCGUGAUGCCGAAGAUGCUUUACAUAAUUUGGACAGAAAGUGGAUUUGUGGGCGUCAAAUUGAAAUCCAGUUUGCACAGGGGGAUCGGAAGACACCAAAUCAAAUGAAAGCCAAGGAAGGGAGGAAUGUCUACAGCUCUUCACGCUAUGAUGAUUAUGACAGAUACAGACGUUCUAGGAGCCGAAGUUAUGAAAGAAGGAGAUCAAGAAGUCGGUCUUUUGAUUACAACUAUAGAAGAUCUUAUAGCCCUAGAAACAGUAGACCGACUGGAAGACCACGGCGUAGCAGAAGCCAUUCCGACAAUGAUAGAUUCAAACACCGAAAUCGAUCUUUUUCAAGAUCUAAAUCCAAUUCAAGAUCACGGUCCAAGUCCCAGCCCAAGAAAGAAAUGAAGGCUAAAUCACGUUCUAGACCAAACUGCAGCUGGAAUACCCAGUACAGUUCUGCUUACUACACUUCAAGAAAGAUCUGAGAAAGCGGAAAAAGAACCAAAGAAGGGCAGUUCAAGCGACCAAAGGGUGGGUGGAAGGUGCUGCAGUAUGAAUACUGUAUGAAUAUUUUGACUCUGGUCUGAAAAGAUAAAAGAAUGUUAUCGAAAACUACAUGGAAUAAUUGAAGUCCCUUCAAGUUUGAAAGUAAGCAUUUUAGGACAAAUAAAAGGAAAUUCAACUUUGUACUUGUGGAAACUAAUCCCUAAAUAUGAAUAGGUUUAUAUUGAUUCAUGAGUAAUAGGUCCAUAAUAAAUUAUUGAAAACUAGGAUGUCUGAAUAUUAAGGAAGACAGCCAUAGUCUCUUACAGUGCCUCUAUUGGUCUGUCUCAAACGGAAUUGGGUGGGGAAAGGUAUGGUCCAAUAUAAACUUUUUCUUGGUUGUCUCUUAAAGAAGUCAGUUCCUUUUGGGCUGUUACUGGCAAACCUUGCCUUUGUUUAUUCCAGUGCCAGUGUUUCUGCUUAAUUGUUUGCUUUGUUGGCAUCUUGAGUUUAUUUACUUGUACGCCACGUGCCGUUUACAUCUUCCUUAAUUAAACUACUCUUACCCAGGUGAUUUCCAAGUAUAAUACUUGAGAGCCGGCUAAGAGGGUCCUCUCUACUCACCUCUUUCAUAGUCAGUAUAUUCAGCAAACAUUUAUUGAGCCCUUAGUCUGGGCAAAACAUUGUACUGGGUAAUUGGGGAGAAAGCAGAUAUAAUUCGUUUAUUCAAUAAAUGUCUACUGAGCACAAUCUAGCGAAUCAUUACAGUAUGGCCUCAUUGUUUUGUUUGAGGUGUAUUCAUAACAAUAUUUUUACACCACUCAUAUCCUAAUGUAAUUGUAAAAGCCAAUAUGCUAUCAAAGUAAUUUUGUGGUUAUCUGCCAUUUUAAAGUAUCCAGUAUUUCUGUUUGCAUCCCAUUAAUACAAAUAAUGAGAAAAAUGAUUUGUUUUAAUCUGUAAUAAACUGAUUUAUUGUGCAGUUACUGUAAUAUACUAGAGUUAUAUUAAGUUGUUAACUCUGCCUCUUCAAACACGUAUUAGGAAAUAACCCCCAAAAUAAAUACUUAACUUUGCAUUAGAUAUAAAGGAGAGACUCUGGGUGCUAAAAUUAGAUUAUUUUGAGGCAGACAGGGCUGUUAUCCCAACUGAUUUAGUAUGUUCUGUAAUUGAGAAAAUGUUCACCAAAUUUACUUUUUAGUGAUUUACAUGUACAUUUUAUAGGGGACAUGUUCUGUGUAUAGUGAAUAAAUAACUUUUUUAGUAUCACAAAAUGUUUUGGAUUCCUUAGUUCCUUAUUUUAGGAUACGAAGUUUGUUCACCUAUACAUUGAUUCCAUCGCUCACUAAACAUAUUUGAUUUUCAUCAUAUUCUUGCCACAUUUAAAGCUUUUCAUGUAAAGUUUAUUCCUCUAAAAAUCCAGCAGUGGAAUUUAACCCUUGAAUUUAUAAAGAUUUUGAAAAUACAGCAGGAUACAUGUAACUUUAAAAAAAAAAAAACCAAACCUGUUGCCGUCAAGUCAAUUCCGACUCAUUGCAAUCUUAAUAAGACAAGAGUAGCGCUGCCCCGUAGGGUUUCCAACUACCAGCCUUUUGGUUGGCAGCCGAGUUCUUAACCAAGGGAGGGAUGAAAGGAAGGUAUUAGAAAAGAAUUUUAACUUGCCCAAGAUCACUCGGCAAGUAAAUAGCAUAUCCUAGAUUAGUCUGUAUUUUUUCAUUUAGUUCAUCUUUAUUAUUGUUUUAAUCAAAUGGGAUAAUUUUUUAUAACUUUAUUUUCAUCAGGACAAUAAAUCGAUAUAAUGGAAUCUCAAGUUCACUUAGAGCAAAGGUGACUAGAUUUAGUUUAGAAGAGUAUUUAACACCUUCACAAAUACUCACCAGCCUUAAGACUUUAGGUGGUGGUUCUUAGAGGCAGGGAUUUUGUGUAAUUUUGUGUUAGUUUUGCCCCCUUCCUUGUUUAUUUUUGAAGUGAGGUUAAAACUUCAAGGAGAGUGGGGUAGUCAGUUGAGAUUUUGUUCAAAAAAAAUAUUGGUGGAUCCUUAAAUUGACUUUUUACUAGCCUUCUGGUUUUAUUUUUGCUGGAAAAUAUUUUGUCCUUUGGUUUUUAUGAGUACAAUUAUCACUGUACUUGAUAGUUCUUGAAAAGUUUUAAAUAUAAAAAAGGCCAACGUGGUUUUGAUAGCUGUUGCAUUAGAAUGAAUUGCUUUAAAUUACCUUCUGUGGUUUCCAUUUAUGCUGUCAGUAUUAUUAAGCACCUAAGAUGUCAAGCUGUAUGUUGCUUUUUUAAAUCCUAAAAACUCUUAGGAAGGAUUCUGUUCCCAUUUUACAGAUGAAAACAUUGUCAUGCCUACCAUAUGGUAGCCUUAUUGCAUACCGUGUUUCACUCUUCACAGUCUUAACAAGAUAAUUGGUAAUUUCUGGGUGAGAAACCAUAGAGGUUAAAUGCAAUCCAAGAUCUUACAGCUGCUGUGACUCAGGUUCUUUCAAGCCUGGCUUCCCAAAUUUCAAUCUCUUUGAACAUAUUCUUUACAAAAUCUUGAGGUAUAUUUUGAAAUGGGAAAGGCUGUUACUUGAGGCAGCACAACACCAGUUCUGGAAGAUAGGCAGUCCCCAGAGCUCUGUUCCUAAGUCUUUUAUUCUAAGUCAGAUUUGUUCACAAGUCAGAACAAUUUGGUAUGGUUCAUACUUAACGUCGGUUAAUCAAAUGUUUGUCUUAGUAUAUAGUGUAUCUUUGUAUGCAUAAAAAAAAUUAAAACACUUCCAGAUACACUAAAAACCUCCUUAAGGUAAUGUUUUGAUGGGUGUCACAAAGGAACGCCCCCCGAACCUUUUGUACUUACCUCAAAUUUUUAAUUGUGACAGGCUUUAGGAGAUACUAAGUUUGUAACGCAGGGACUGCCCGUAAUUUAGUGGUGUUCUACCUUCAGGGCUUUUUUUAGGAGUCCAGGGGAUAAACUGAUCUCAUUUUAGAUGGUGAUAAGUUGAUAUGAGGUAACUGUCUUUGAUUAUUGACAUCCACAUUCUGCUAGUCACUGUGGAAAAAAUUCCUUCUCUUUUGGGUAUUUUCCUCUGCCGGCUGUUCUAAUAGUGUUGGUUAUACUUACUGAGUUGUUCCUGUGUAUUCAUAUAACAACUGUUUCACCCAUGUAUUAAAGAUUGGGUUUUUCUUAUGUGGAAUAAAAAAUAAGGCAUGUAAAUUCA